AAGCUUAGACCGAGGGUCCGCCAAAUUCAAACUCCAAAAGAGAGGCGAAAACAUUCCCGCAGCGCGGAGCAACAACACCGAGCGGCACCGGUUCCCAUCAUGUCAUCAGCUAUCGUGAACAGCGUGAGCGGCAUCGGCUCCACCGUGUCAGGGAUGUGGCGUUCCCACAGCGUUCUCCCCGAGUCAGACCCCGAGAGCUCCCCUGAGGCGCCGCAGCAGUUUCGAAAGCUACGCUCCUCCAGCUCGCUCAACUCCCUGCGCAUGUCUCUGAGGAAGAGACUUCCCCUGAAGACCGUGCAGUCGACCAGCAACAUCACGAACAGCGAGGGGUUCCAGAACAGCAAGAAGACGAGCACUGCCACGCAGAUCAAGCGCACCGCCAAAAACACUUUCGGCAAUGCUUACCAGAAGUUCCAAAAGAGCACACUGUCCCGUGAGGAGUGCCUGGUCAGGACGCCCGGCGCUAUCCUGGAAGGAGAAGAGAACGAGUGUGCCCCUUCGUCGGCGCGCACACCUAAACGGCAAGCCACGACGCCCAGACGAACACCGAGAUCAGCCGCAAAGCGUACCCCGCGAGGCGUCGGUACCCCUGAGCCAAGCGAGUCGGCCGUGAGAGCGGUGAAGACGGGAGGAACCAGGCGGCAGCUCGUACGCAUGGCAGCACUGAGGAGCCCUUUUGCAUCCCCGAACUCGGGGAACCGUCGCAGGCAGUUUGAUCAGGAUCUGGACAGCGUCUCAAAAGGCCUCAAGAAACUAAAGCGGCUCUCUCUGGCAUUUGAUGAAGUCAUCGGGAGAGACGAGCGGACCGAGGCCAUGGAGCAUUACAGAAGAGUGUUGGUUCAGAGCUACGGCUCCAGCGCCGAUCCGGGGAGCGUGACGGGAAAAUUAAACAGAUCCUUUAUCCAGCAGCAGAGUCGACAAAUUCGGCAGCGAGUGGGCAGCUGGACCGACGGCGCGCUCUCCAGUCUCCGCAAAAACACACAAAGAUAAAACUUACUACCUGUACAUGUUUGUCACCUUUGGUCUCUCAUCGUCAUUGUCAUUCUUUUGAUGUGUGUCUCGUGUGGAAUAUCUCUCUCCAUAAUCACCAGGUCAUGUCCAGGCAAAUUUGAGUUACAGUAUAUAAAGGUCAUGGUUUUCGAUAUUGAUGAAUAUCCAUGCUGUUUGUUUUUUCCUUUUAUUUCUGUAACAAAACUUUGGCACCAAAGAUUAUAGUAGAAGGUGUCUAUGUGGAGGAAAACCCUGUUACAGUGCUCACUUUGAUCUCUAUUUAAAGCUAACACUAUAAUGAAUGUAGCGAGAUAAACUUUGUGUUUACUAAUUCAUAACUAGUCUCUAGUUGUCCUGUAGAUUAUUCACUAUAUUUUAGACUCCACCUUGUAUCGAGGUGCUAGCAUUAUCUAACUCAUCUUUUUUUUUUUUUUUUUUAAUUUAGCGCAUAAUAGCGGCUUUACUGUAUUUUUAACGAUGUGUUUCAUACAAGGAAGAAAAUUAUGUUGAAAAUUCUAAAAACAUAUUCAUCAGCUUUUUUUGUUAAAAAGCAAAAAAAUACCGAUGUGAACUACGAGUUUGUGCUUUUUCUAACACCAAGUAUGCUUUACCUUUUCUACUUUAAUAAAAAUAUAUUUUUUGUUCUCUGC